AUGCGUGUCAAACAAAUCUGGGAGUAUGUUCCAAUCCCCGCCAAGUUGAAGCUAGUGUCGGACAGAAUCACUUCCACCCGGCUCACGCUGGGAUAUUUCCUCUUCUCAUUCGCUCAUUUCGUCGUUCAAGUUGCCAUCCAAGCGAAAGCAUUCACUAUCAAUGCCACUGCUGCAUCAUUCCUUUGGGACAUAGUCACACAAGCGAAGACCACCAGCAACGCUUUCCCUGUCUUCCGUGGCUCCGAAUUCCAUCUUUGUGACUCCGUUCCUACCUCGAUAGACACCAAGGACUGCCAAUUGCUUUGGAAGGCGCAAGCGGGAAAUUCAAGUACUCCGGCUGCAACCAGUUUAGCUUUUGAGAAUGCCGUACCGACAUCUUCUACCCCCAUCACAUCCCCAGUCUCGCUUCCCGCUGCUCUUGCUACGGGUGUACCCAGCACCAGCCCUACCCGUGUACCCUUGUCAUCCGUUACCGCUGCCUUAUCUACCACGCCCUCGUUUGCAAGUGCUACCACCACCACCGUCACACGCUCUGCCCCUGCUACUGCCCCCACUUCGUCAGCAGUCAAGAGCGAUGAGUCUUCAGACGAUUCUGGCAGUGAGUCUGAGGAUGACAAGCCGGUUGCUACUCCCGCCGUUCGCCUCAAUCCACGCGACGGACACAAACCGAAGAUUUUGGCUCUAGUCGAUGCUGAUGGCAUGGUAUCGGUGACCCUUAGUGGCAUGGGGUAUAAUGGUAGACAAGUGGUCCUCGAUAAGACUUGUCUGUGGGCACUGAACUACCCUGUUUCCAUCCUCAACAACACAAAGAGGGAAGAUAUCGUGUUCAUUGCUUUCCAGUUUUGGGUAUUAGGCAUGUCCCUCGUCGCAAUUCUCAAUGAAUCUAUUCCUCAUAUUAUUGCAUCGCUCCUUACUCACGUUCUGGCCACUGGCUGGGCCGCGUUCCAGAUAUCCCAUACGGCCGGUUUCCAGUCGAGCUUCAAUCAGCUCAUCACCAAAGGCGCCUGCUCUGGUGUACAACUGCUACCCAACUAUUGGCAAGAUCGCCAUAAUUCCGAAGUCCCAAGCUUAGUCCUUAACAUCGUCGCUCUUUUGAUCUCUGUUUUCCUCACGUGGCGACUCAUCAAGCUCUUCGGCUGGCAAACUUUCAAGCGAGUCGGUGCAUCAUUGACCAUCAACCGUGUCUACAAGAUUGUGCUGUCCCUGUCGAUCGCCAUCCAAAUAUCCCUGUUUUUCAUAGCUGUCACUGUUGGCCUCUGGAUUGAUCAGCUCUUCAAUGGUGCCAUUGGACAACUCGCUGCUCACAAGAAACUCUACGAGAUUUUGUUCAUCAUCACCCUGAUCCUCAUCCUCCCAUGGCUAAUUCUAGGCUGGUUCUCCGUUCGCCGAGAACUCCGCGUGCCGAUGCUCGUCUUUCUGGGCUUGACCGUCAUGUACAUGGUUGGUUGGGGUGUGAUGUUUAUGUCAAACUCUUUCCGGUGGACCUUCGUUACUUGGCGCUUCUUCAGUAUGAUGGCGGUUGCUUCUGUUGCCCUCACCCUCGCCACUUUCAUAUUGGGCGUUGUAUGCCGUUGCAACUUUGGCAAAGGCUUACCCCGUUACUUGAAUUACCAAGAGCCACUGCCCGGCGAUGACUUUGUCCCCAUUCGCCCCGGCUUCGCAGGAGGUGAUCCCGAGAAGGUCGAGUUUCCGUCUAAUGAGAAACCCAUCCCGACAUGGUCAGUCACUUUCGGUCAAGGCAAUGAGGUUCCUGUACCCCGCCAGAUGUUCCCGCCUCCAUAUGCUGGAAACGGCACCCGCAUGGGACCACGCUUCUCGAACGCCUCUUCCGAACCAUUCGAGACCGCAUCAUCCAUGUCAUCUGUCAGGUAUCCAACAGUAGCGCAUACCCGGGACGAUUCUCGCUCCACGUUUGGCAGUGAUAGCGACCAUGGGAUGAACAGAGCUGUAAGAGAGAACGGAACUAUCCUUUCCAGCCCAACCACUCUCCAAUACUACUCCCUCGAGCGAUCGCUUAGCCAGGCUAGCACAACAACCUCUGAGAGUGGUCGCAAGCGGUGGAUCAUAGAGUAA